AUGGCGCUCGAACGACGCGCGGGCGCGCGCGCGGCGCGUCGGAAAUCAUCGAAGGCGCGAUUGGACGACGGCGAAGCGUCGGCGCCGAGACGACGCGCGCGAGGGGGCGAUCGAGGGUCGGCGCGAACGAUCGCGACGAUCGUCGCGAUCGCGCUCUGCGGCGUCGUCGCGGGAACGGCGCGGGCGGCGCGACCGAUGACGGGGGGGGGGGGCGAGACGCCGAGGAGGACGCGCGCGGAGCGCGCGCUCGAGGCGUGGGAGACGAAGACGGCGCUUGAACGCGCGCUGCGACACCCGCAGAAUGAUUUGGAGGUGGACGGUGCGUGUGGGAUGGUGCUGAAGAAGCAGUGCUCGCACGUGCGACAGGCGAGGGACCUGGCGGCGGAGGCGUGGCGAAGGGUGCGGUACGAGGAGGAGUUGGCGGCGAAGGCGGCGCGGCGAAGGGAGAAGAAACGAACGAUGACGGGCGCGGAGGCGAAGGAAGCGAGCGUUGACGCUGCGGCGGCGUCUAUGGAGUCGAUCGGGUCCGUGGGUGGGACGAGAUCGCUCUUGGCGCGACGCGGCGGCUCGCGCGCGAGCCCGAGCCGAGGCUCCAGAGGAUCGCUGAGCGACAGAAUGAACAGAGGGCGCGCAGAGCGCGAGUCAAAAGAAGAAGCGAAACGAGAGAAAGAGGAAGCAGAAGCGCAAGCGAAACAAGAAGUCAUAGAGAGGGCUGAACAAAUGAAGUUUGAUGCGCUGAAAAGCUUUCCCAAAGGCACGCUCGCGAACGAUCCGGAGAAGCUCGAGAACGACAUCGCCGCGGUGGAGGCAAAGCUGAAAGAAGAGCCUGACAAUGUCAUGUAUCAAAAACGCUUGCAAAAGCUGAACGGUGAUAAAAAAAGGAUGAUCAACGCGGCGGGGGAUUUGGGCUUCAGAGGUGGCGCCUUGGAAGCAGGCGAACAGAAGGAAGAUCACUGGUUCAUGAACGACGAUCGUGGCGGACGCACGAGCUACCGUAAUCGAAACGGUCGACGACACCGCGCGCCGCAACAAAACGCGAAGGAUAUGUACGACCACCUCAUGAAAAAGAUUCCAGUAAUUUCGAGAAGUUAUUUUGAUUGCGUCGAAUACGUCAUCAAGUCUGAAGAGAAGGUUGCGCUGGAAACAUUCAUGGAGUUCGGAAAACCGGGCGGGCGCAAGAGCAUCAUAACGAAGGAGUGUCAUCAAGAGUAUAAGGCUGCGCAAGCUCGAGUGUAUGAGUUCUGGCACGCGGAAGAAAAAGUCAAGGACGUGUGCGAGGCGGAUAUCAAAGAAAAUUGCGGAGGAGUGCAGAGUGGAUACGGAUUGAUCACGUCCUGUCUCUGGGACGUCAAGAGCAUGCCGUCCGCAUCGUUGGCGAAACCGUGCGAAGAAUCCCUCAACAUACUUCAUGUGCCACUGCCGUCUGCACAACCCAUCAAGGCGAUGAAGAGCAAACAGACCGAGGAAGAGACACACGUCGAAGAAGAAAAGGUGCACGUCGAAGCAAAAAAGGUGCACGUCGAGGAGGAGCGCCCGCACGCUGCAGAAGUGGCGCGUGAGGAAGCGAAGCGAGACGGGGCUAAAGUGAUCGAAAAGCCGCAACUCACGCGAUCAAAUCGACCCACUUCUCAAAAAUCUGGCGAAGAACCCGAAAAGGUCGACCAGGACGUCAAACUGAAGCUUCGCGAAGCGGAAGCCAAGAUUCAACUCGCUGAGGACGCUGCGGCGCACUCCGCGCAGCAGUCUCGUAAUCUCGUCAUCGUCAUGCUUCUCGCGUGCGCACUGUACGCCGCGAGCCGGAAAACUGUACGCAAGAAAUUUUCCAACGCUAUUCGUAAAUUGCGCCGCGAUUCGAAAGGCGAACACCUCGGCUAAGUUGUAGA